AUGGCAGGACAGGCAUUUAGAAAGUUUCUUCCCCUCUUUGACCGAGUAUUAGCUGAAAGAAGUGCAGCCAAAACUGUAAGCAAAGAAGGCAUUAUGUUUCCAAAACAAUCACAAGGAAAAGUAUUGCAAGCAUCGGUAGUAGCUGUUGGAUCGGGCUCUAAAGGAAAGGGUGGAGAGAUUCAACCAGCUGGUGUGAAAGUCGGAGAUAAAGUUCUUCUCCCAGAAUAUGGAGGCACCAAAGUAGUUCUAGACGACAAGGAUUAUUUCUUAUUUAGAGAUGGUGACAUUCUUGGAAAAUACGUUGACUAA